AUGCCACCAGCUCCUCCUCCUCCACCACCCCCAAUGGGUGGGCCUCCAGCUCUAGGAAACAGUUCAAAGCCUCCAGCCCCAGCAAUGGCCGGUAGAGAUGCUCUUCUGGGUGAUAUAAGAAAAGGUGCUAGGCUCAAGAAGGCAGAAACUAAUGAUAGAAGUGCUCCAGUGAUAGGUGGUUCCGGUAACGCGUCUUCGGGUGGUGCUGCUAGUCCAAUGGGGUUACCUCCUUCUAUUCCAACUUCAAGACCUCAAACUACAACAGGUGCACCUUCUCAAGAAGCUAACGCUGCUCCUCAAAUAGGUGGGCUAUUUGCUAAUGGUAUUCCCAAGCUGAAGAGACAUGUUGAAACAAACAAACCAUCUUUGGCAAGUGUUCCAAGUGCCCCAAGUGUUCCAAAUUUACCCACAUCAAAACCUUCAGUUCCUUCUACAAGACCUCCAAGAAGAACACCAUCUAAUACAGCACCAUCAAUUCCAAGUAUAAAUGCACCUCCAAUUCCAUCAGGUGCACCUCCAAUUCCUGGCAUGGCUCCACCUUUACCAAGUUCCAACAAUAGUUUGAAAGUACCACCAAGAAUUCCAAAAAAGAGCGAACAUGUUCGUAACAAAUCUACAAGUUCAAUAAAUUCAGUGUCAAGUCAAGGAUCUGCUCCAAGUAUACCAGUAUCAGGCCCACCACCAUUACCAACAGGUUCAGCUCCUUCUAUGCCAUCAUCUAGACCACAAAGAAAAGCUCCAACGAUACCAACAGCUCCACCUACACCACCAGGUCCACCUCCAUUACCAGGAUCAUCUGCCCCAAGUAUACCUUCAUCUAGACCAACAGCACCAUCAGCACCACCUCCUCCACCAUUACCUAGUUCAAAUGCACCUCCACCACCUCCUCCAAUGCCAUCAUCAAGUGCACCAAAAUCAGCACCAGCUCCACCUCCAUUACCAUCUGGAGGCGCUCCUUCAGCUCCAAACCCAUCUAAAUCGUCAUCAGCACCAGCUCCACCAAAUUUGGCAGGUGGCUUGCCAUUUUUGGCUGAGAUUCAAAGGAAGAGAGACGAUUCAUAUGUUGUUGAUUCGGUUCCUUCUAAUUUUUCAGCUUCAGAACAGGUUUCAGAAGAUGUUACACCAGCUGCCUCAACACCAAAUAAACCACCACCAUCAGCGCCUAGUCCAGGAGGUGGAAGUCUUGCAGAUAUCAUUGCUGCUAAAGUUGGUAGUCGAAAUCAAUCCAAGGCACCUACACCAAUUGCACCACCAAUUCCAUCAAUAUCAAAACCAUCUACACCUACUGCUCCACCUCCACCACCAUUACCUACUGGAUCAGCACCAUCUAUUCCAUCUGCUCCACCACCUCCACCGUCAUUACCAACAUCAAGUGCACCACCUCCACCAUCAAUUCCAUCACAGGCACCUCCACCACCAACAGCAGCAGGUGGUUUACCAUUCCUAUCACAGAUUCAACAGAAAAGAGAUGAUAGAUUUGUUGUUGAUGAAAGUUCUCAAGGCUCUUCACCUGUUCCAAAAUCCCCGGCUCCAGCACCCCCAUCAAUUCCAAGUUCUAGUGCACCUUCAUUACCAAAAGCACCUGUUCCACCUCCAGCACCACCUUCAUUACCAAGAUCAGAAGCACCAUCAGCUCCUUCAUUACCUCCAGCUCCAGCUCUACCAGCUCCUUCAUUACCAAAAAGUUCAGCACCCCCUCCUCCAAUGGCACCACCAUCUCCAUCACCUUCAUCUCAUUCAUCUAAGGCAGCUCCACCUCCUCCUCCUUCAUCAUAUGGAGCACCAUCAUCACCUCAACCUUCUGAAUCAAGUCAUAAUGAUAAUAACCACCAUCACCAUCAUUUGAUGGGGGGUUCAUUCAAACAAAGAUUAUUUGGUAAAUCAUCAACACCAACACCUGAAGCACCUGCAGUUACUACAUCUUCCAAUUCCAAGAUUGAUAGUUCUUCAUACACUAUAAAUGGUGGUAAUUCACAUAGUAAGAUUACGAUAGAUGAUUCAAGAUUUAGAUUUGUUAAUCAGAAUGAUUUACCAAAACCUAGAGUAUUCGAAGGGAAGCAAAAAUUAUAUCCAUCUGGUCGUGGAAGUUCUGUUCCUUUGGAUUUAUCUUUAUUUAACUGA